CGGAUUGUUGAUUACGUUGAUGGAAGAAGAAAGAGGAUGACCGGGGACUUGACCGGUCGUCAAUGGGAUAUACAGUACAGGCUGGAGAUAACGAACUCGCAGGGGUGCGUUGGAGACGGACGGAAUGCGGCCUGGAGGAGGAAUACUGGCUUAAACAAAGACGGAGUUGUCCCUUCUGUGUACGUAUGCUUCGUGACGAAGACGGAGGUGUUUCUGCGGAGAUUGAUUUGUCAUGCAUGUGUGCGCGCGUGUGUGUGGGGGGGGGGGCGCGUGUGCGUUUGAACAUGUGCGCGAGUCUCUCUGCGUGUGUGUGCGUGCGAGUUAGGAGGUGGAUGUGAGUGCGUGUGUGGAUCAGGACCUCCUCGGCAGCUUCCAGAGAGCACCUGUUGUCCUGGCCCUCACCCGUUUGCGUGCUCAGAAAGCAACAGUCGUGCUUUGCUAAACCAAUUGGCGCUUUACUGGCGCCGCGUCGUCGCCGGUCUUUUCUAGUCUCGGUGCCGCCUCCCCGAUUCGCCGUCUGCUAUCCUCUCAGUUACCCUUGCAGCGGAAAAUUCUGCCAUUCGCACACUUCUCUCGCAUUAAAUACGGUCUUUGUCUUCCUCCACUCAACCGGCCGCGCGCAGAAUAUUGCCGAAACCCGCUGAAAGUUACGCAGAUGAGCAGCGCCAUAGCGCGCACGCGCGCCGCGCGCUCGCUCGCUCGCUCACACACGUACACACGCUUGCACACCCACCCACACUGACACACUGACGCACAUACACACACACACACGCCCACACAGACACACACACACACACACACACACUCGCACAUACAUACAGAGACAGAGACACACAGAGAGAGAGAGAGAGAGAGAGAGAGAGAGAGAGAGAGAGAGAGAGAGAGAGAGAGAGAGAGAGAGAGGAAAUAUACGCUGUGUAAGGUGCAAGAGAGCCGAGUGCCGAGAGCGAGGGUGUGAUCUCAGAGAGCGAAGCAAGGGACUGGCGACUGGUACGGGCGUUGCAAAGGCAAGGACAGCGACAUGUAAAUUUUGCAGCCCCUUGGCGCGAUUGCCUAUCACAGCAUUGAGCGGCCGUCUUAGACUGUCUUCUAAGGUAUGCUACCGCAGCUAGGUUGGACUUGACGCCGGUGAUUCGCCCGGAGAAUACAUGAAGACGACCGCUUGGGGGUGGAGAAUUGCGAUGGCGAGGGGAAAAAGGCACGGGAUACCAUUCCGGGGGCGGGUCGGCAAUUGACAGAAAUCGUUCGGCUGUCACGAGUCAUCCGGGUGUCCUCUGCCUCAUCGGAAUGGGUCGAAAUCGAUCAAAUGAUCGCCAGUAGCGGUCUGGCAGCACCAGCAGCCAAUGUACUGACAGGUAGCAGACGGCGGACAUAUCUGCUGCUACUGCUAGGACGACCCAACUGAGACGAGCGGCGGGCUCGGGAAGUCAUGUGCGACAGAUCGGUUGGCCACGCCAUUCACAUGUUCUUCUGCUACGUAGACCGCCCUUAAUUGUAGCGCGCACACCCUCUUCUCCUUGUAUCAGCGAAUUCCAGUUUCCUCUCCCCGACUGCUGUCUUCGUUCAACCGCAGAGCGAGAUGCUCGGUCUGGAGUCAUAGGAUGGUGCGAGGGAGAGAGGGGGCGAAGCGAUAAAUUUUAUGCCAACUGUGGAGAGCAACGAGCCAGCUGCUGCUCAAGUCCGAGCUGCGGACGAUUCCACCGCGGCUCUCGGAGUCCAACUCGCGAGUGCGUGAGUUAUUUUCAGGCGCCAUGCCUCCUGUCGCCGGGCAGCGGUCCUGCUCCGCGGAACAUCCCAACUCCGUACAGCUCCGGAGUGUCCGCACACUUUGGCUUCCUGUCGCUGAAAAUGAGAACUACCUGUUGCUGGAGGACGAGGAGACUGGCGAUGUUCUACUGCCUCUGAUUUACAUGAAGAGUGUCUUCGAAGCCAACUACAGCCGUAAGCUCUCAAGUCUGAAGCACAGACUCGUGGUAUUGCCGCCUUCAGAUGUUAUCGGAAACAACUCGUCACCUGAGUCUUUUACUGGUGUGAAGAGGAAGGGUACUUUGGAUGGAGAUUCCAGCAGGGGAUUUGUGUACUGGCAGUGGGCUUUUGAAUCACCACAUGAAGUCAAAGUGCUCGUUCGGCAGAUUCGCGAGUCGCAACACGUAAAGGGAAGCAGCGGAGCCGCUGCGGCCAAGUGCGCCAGCUAUACCUCCAUCGAGCUCUUCGACAUGAUAGGGUCUCGCGAUGUACAACUUACCUCCACCCGCGGGAGCUGUCACCAUCCCUUGGGUGGGCGUAUCCUCGUCGAGCUACUGAGCCAUCCACGAAAGCUUUUACGUGCAGUCGCGGAGGUGGCCCAUCGGAGGGCGUUUCUCGUACGCUGUAGCAUAGGGGACGCCGUAGCCGCCGCCGAGGCUCAGCAGGCUGCGGGAGAAGCAGAACGUCAGCGGCUGGCCAAUGAGGCGGCAGCCGAAGCUCAGCGGACAGCUGAGACUGACGAAGCGGCACGAAACAGACGGAAUGCCGCCAGCAUGGAGUCCCUGAUUGCUAGGGAGCAUCAGUGGACAACGGUACUCCAAGGCAUGAUCUUUGUGCCUACGGAAACGCAGGCGGAGCCGACACAGGCGGAGGCAGAGAGAAGUAACCUGGCUACCGUGAUGUUGAACGUAAUGAGGGGAGUAAUGUGGACCAACAAACUACUGCAGGCACACCUGCACGCGGAACGACAGCAAAAACAGCAGUACCAGCAAGACCUGGCCGCUGUAACGGUCGGCGUCCGCGACGCAGCAAUGCAGCAGCCGCAACAGCAACAGCUGAUGAACUCUACCAUCGCACGCAUCAACGGCAUUGAGGCCAAGGCCUCAGUAGCGCCAGGCUGCACGACGGACGCGACGAAGCAAAUCAACGAACGCAUCGAUCACGUCGUCACCAUCAUCGGCGACAUAGGUGUUUUCAACGGACCGGACACGAUCAGCAGCACGGUGGCCGCCAUCAAGACGGACAUCACCAAGCUACAGACGAGACCGGACGCCGCUACAAAGAUGUUCAAGAUGCCGCACUUCGACAUCUGCAAGUUCGACGACUACAACAACUCGGACGCUUUGACAUGGUGGCAACGUUUCCUCACGGAAGCGUCAUGCCGCACUGUCCCGGCGAAGGACAUGUUGAAGGCACUCUAUUUGCAACUGAUUGGAGGAGCGCAGGCAUGGAUGAACCACCUGGCGGCCACCCACAAGUGCACCAUCGCCGAACUCCACACGCACAUCACGUGGAAGGAGUUCGAGCAGCUAUGGUUCACCCGGUUCAUGGUCCGCAACGUCGUGAAGGCGGCCAUGAAUGAGGUGUACACAUGCUCUCAAGGGAACAUGCCAACUCGAGACUGGACAACGAAGUGGCAAAAGAUAGUGACCACACCAGGCUUCCACUUGACGUUUCCAAAUCAACGAUUCGAGUUCUUCUCGCGAUCAUGCGCGGGAUUGCGGUCGGCACUCGGUAAUGAGAGCGACUAUACCACAUUCCAGGGCAUUGUGGAUCGAGCGAACUUGGUCAUCCAAACGGACGACAAGGCCGCUAACGAGAGACAAUCCCAGCCGCACUAUGUGGCUAAGCAGACCUAUCAACGUCCGGCACAUAACAAUGCCGUGAUUUCUGAAGAAACCGACGACCACCACGCUGCAGCAGCAUCCUUGGGUGAUGGAGGAAUUGUCGCAGCGCUCCCGCCGAAGCGUCCCAAGAGAGUUCGUAAGAACAAGGCAACACAAGAGACGGCAGCGACGGGAGCUGGGCAUCCAUGGACGACAUAUAAGAUCACCAAGGAGGUCUAUGACCUAAGUCAGAAGUACGGAUACUGCCUUUGGUGCAAUGGAGUCACCCAUAGGCCACUUUACAGGGACCGUUUCUUGGAGGUUUCAUACAUUUACAUCGACGACAAGGGACGGAUUGAGAUAUUGAUCGGUGCUAAAGGUGAUAUCACCCUUGCCGAGGAACUGUCUAGGAGUAUAGCGGGCGAGGAGAUGGCGAGAUGCAUGGCUUACAUCAGCAAGAUUGAUCAUGCAAAUUCUCUUGAUAUCAGUUACUGGGUGUCAGGGUUCAUUGCAACCCAGGUCAUCAAUGUGGAGCAGGAGCCGGAGCAGUGUGUGCCAAAGGCGGGGUCCCAAAUAGUAGAGCUUACUCAUGAGGGGGUACCACUUAUUAUGUGUAGUGCUCUUCAGUCUCUUGUCUCUCGUCAUGGUCUUGCAGAGUUUGGUUUCUGGGCUUCUUGUUCUUUCGGUGUUAUUCGUUCUGUGAUGCAUGAUAUGUCAAGUUAUUUCCUCUUCUUACUACUUAGGUUGCACUCAAGGCUAUUUGAAGGACUCCUCGAUAAUAGGGACUCUAGUGAUCUCGAGUUUGACCUUUAUACAGGGUCAGGUGGCAGUUGUGGUGUAGCUCCAGCCGUUGGACCAGAAGAUGAAGAAGCAUCAGCCUGUGUUGCUGUUGCUGAAGUACCGCUUGGUGUGGUACCAUACUGUGACAGAUACGGGCAUGUCAUCACCGAGAAUGGCGGCGAUGGGAAAACUGCUGGCCCGACUCAUGGUCCACGCAUGGCAUUCAAGAUCUGGUCUAGGGUGUCUUGGAUAGCGUCCAGUUUGCUGUCUAUGUAUGCGUGCAUGGACAGGAUACUCACCUUGAGAAUCUUUGUGGUGUUGUCAAGUGUCAAGUCAUCUAACCCUUCUAAAGCAACUUUGUUUGCUGCCUUACCCUCCCGUCUAACAUUGGAGGCUCUUGGUGAAGAGAACACUCCGCAAGGACACCUUCGAUUAAUCUUGUUGCCGAUUGUUUAUAAUGCAAUGGCACAGAAACAGAAGGUAUCGCCAUGACUUCCCAAUCAUAGAAAAGAAGAUCCUUGAGCUACUUGUGUGCGGCACAAGUCAAAGUACUGAAUGAAGGAUCUUCUCGCAU